AUGCCCCAUUCCGUCCAGUCCCUCGAUUCCGUCUCCGUCUCCUCCGAGGCCUCCUACGACUCCGACUCCGACGAUCGUCUCGCCGAGGAGGAAUGGCGCGAGAGCCUUGCCCAGCUCCAGCAGCUCGUUGGCAUCGUCCUCCUCCCCAUGUUCGGGAAAUGGCUCGGUCGGCGGUGGAGUCAUUGGGCCUACGCCCGAUUCCUUCGUCUCGGGCUCGGAAAGACGUUCUUUCUUGGCGGACGGCGUGCUUAG